AAAGAUAGAAAUGAUGAGAUGGGGUUGAGUUGGUUAAGUGAUUUGAGGCCUCAGCUUUUUACGAAAAUUUUAACUUCAAGCGUGUUGAGGUGGCCACGCGCAGUCCGCGGAUGAAGAAAGUGAACGAGGAAGGAAGAGAUAGGGGUCUGUCUAUGUCUUCGUUCAUCGCUUACUCCUCCUCCUCCUUCUCCACCUCCACCUCCUCCUUCUCAGGAGCAUUAAGUCGGUGGCUUUUGUACUAUUCUCCCCUAGUCGGUGGUGGCGGCGGACGUAGAAGUGGAGGUGUGGUGGUGGUGGUGCAAGUGACCUUGGAGCGUCACUGCAUCGUAACCACACAACGAAUAGGAAAUAGUCCAAUUGAGAAAUUGAAUGGCACCACCAUUAUCAGAAGGAAUUAGUCCUGUGAUGAAUACUAGAACUGUUAACAUUACUGUAGCUGUGGCGAUUGAUAAGGACAAGAACAGCCAGUAUGCUGUGAAAUGGGCCAUUGAUCAUCUCUUGAAAACCAAUCCCAACAUUAUCCUCAUCCACGUUAUCAAUCGCGUCUGGGAAAACCAGGGUUUGGGUUUGAACGAGGCUAGCCCCGAUGAUUACCGGGAAACUACUGAGGACGUUCACCAGCUUUUCCUCCCCUACCGUGGAUACUGUGCUCGGAAAGGGGUUAAAAUCAGGGAGGUUGUACUUGAUGACUUCGAUAUUUCCAAGGCAAUCAUUGAUUAUCUCAACUUACAAUGCAUCAACAACGUUGUUGUUGGUGCAUCGUCUAAGAAUUCCAUCACAAGGAAAUUUAGGAACCCAUAUGUGGCAACAUGUUUGAUCAAAUCUGCACCAGAUUUCUGUACGGUAUACGUAAUUUCAAAAGGGAAAGUGGCAUCGAUCAGAUCAGCAAAUCGGCUCCCGCCUCUUAAUGUCAUGAAUAAUGCAACACCCAUAGAAUUACAGUCACCUCGAGUAGUUCCACAGCUUCAAACCCCUGAAACUCCUGUAAUCGUAGAAGGCAUCAAAAGAACACCAACUGGUAAUACUGGGGAGAAGUGGAAGAAAACAGGUGUUGGGAGAAGGGUUUUGGAGAGGAGCAUGGAUCGUGAGUUAGUGAUUAAACCACCAAGGUCAAGGAACAGUAUAGAAAAUUUUUCAUCAAUGGAACACCUGGGUUUCGCUACCAUAAGCCUGGAUUACACAUCCCCUAUGACAAGGAAUUCAAGCCGUGAAUCCAUCUCCCUCGACAGAGAUUUCUCUAGCAGCAGCUUGUGUUUCCGGUCCAUGGACAUGGAUUCAGAAAAUGAUUUCGGCAUCGGAUCUGGUCUUAAUAGUCCCAUUGGUGGCGGCUCCUUCAAUGCAAAUUCCUCGCGAGAUAUGGAGGCAGAGAUGAAAAGACUAAGACAGGAGCUGAAGCAAACCAUGGACAUGUACACCACAGCAUGCAGAGAAGCAAUCUCAGCGAAGCAAAAGGCUAAAGAGAUACAUCAGUGGAAGAUAGAAGAACGUCAUAAAUUUGAGGACACCAGGCAUGCAGAAGAAGCAGCUCUUGCAAUGGCUGAGAUGGAAAAAGCGAAGUGCAGGGCUGCCAUUGAAGCUGCCCAAACGGCACAAAAGCUAGCUGAAAAGGAGGCAAGUAGGAGAAAACAGGCAGAAUUGAAGGCCCAGCGUGAGUCAGAAGAGAGGAUGAGAGCACUAGCUGCAUUGGAAAACAUUGACAUUAGGUAUAGAAAAUAUGCCAUUGAAGAGAUUGAAGCUGCCACCGAUUCCUUCGCGGAAGGCAAGAAGAUUGGUGAAGGUGGAUAUGGGCCUGUUUAUAAAGCCUUACUGGAUCACACCCCUGUUGCUAUCAAGGUUCUCAGACCAGACGCCCAACAUGGAAGGCAGCAAUUCCAACAAGAGAUAGAGGUAUUGAGCAGCAUCAGACACCCAAACAUGGUUCUACUCCUGGGUGCCUGCCCAGAAUACGGAUGCUUGGUAUAUGAACACAUGGAAAAUGGAAGCUUAGAAGACAGGCUAUUCCGAAGGGGGAACACACCAUCAAUCCCAUGGGGGCUCAGGUUCAAGAUUGCUGCAGAAAUUGCCACUGGCCUAAACUUCCUCCACCAAAGCAAACCAGAACCCCUUGUGCAUAGGGACCUCAAGCCUGCAAAUAUCCUCUUAGACCGCAAUUACGUAAGCAAGAUCAGUGACGUUGGGCUAGCACGGCUAGUCCCUCCCUCUGUCGCCGACUGUGUCACUCAGUAUCGCAUCACAUCGGCGGCCGGAACCUUCUGUUACAUAGACCCUGAGUAUCAGAAAACAGGAAUGUUGGGUGUCAAAUCAGAUAUCUAUUCCUUGGGGAUAAUGUUGCUUCAGAUCAUCACUGCUUUGCCUGCGAUGGGUCUCUCACAUAAGGUAGAGAAAGCUAUUAAGAAUGGAGUCUUUGAUGACAUUCUUGAUCCAACAGUGUCGGAUUGGCCUGUAGAAGAAGCUUUGGAGUUUGCAAAGGUAGCUCUCCAGUGUGCUGAGCUUCGAAGGAGAGAUAGACCAGACUUGACUUCAGUGGUUUUGCCUAUUUUGAACCGGCUAAGAGAUCUUGGGCACUGUGAAGCUGAAACCACUUGGAGUAUUAGCUCCUCUACUAUUCUCAGUUAUGGUCCACCUUCUUACAGAAACUUUACCAGGUCAAGAUCAAGAUUCUCCACUGUUCAGGAUAUGUCGAGGAGCAAUCUUAUGGGAAGUCAACGUAGUAAUCUCUCAGAAAAAAGUGGAAACAGUUCAAGUCCAAGACCUGUAAAUGGAAAUGGAGAAUUAGUGCCCAGAAGGCUUGUUGCAUUGGAAGAUGGUUCACAGUGUUGCGGAGACAUAUAAGGAAGUAAUUCAUGUUUAUUUUUUAGAGUGUUCCUUUUUUUUUUUUUUGGUACUCAAAAAUAGAGAAAAAUAUAGGGAUAUAUAUGGCCUUUUCCUUGAGUCCAACAUACAGAAGUUGUGAAAAGGAGGGCGUGCACAAAGGUUGGAUCUAUUUAUGCUUUACACAGUUAACUGGUUCAGGUAAGACACUUCGGAGGAACUACUACUUCACAUAUGAGAGGUGGGAGACUCCAUUGUUUUGUCCUUUUGGGGCCUUGUGGAUUAUAAUUCAAUGAAUCCAUCUUUUGUUUUUUC